GGCAUUUUUAACGUGUCUUGAUGCAAGUCUGCUUUAGUAUUUAUGUAUAUUAAGCUGUGUAUUUGAAGGGAGCCAUCUGGGUAGAGAAAUAGAUGGCGAGUGGCAGAACCUUUCCCCCUCUCGGUUUCCAUUUCGGGGCUGGGCCUGAUUAGCGAAGGCAGAAGUUGGGAAAGUUGCUGCGUGGCUCGUUCUGGUUUGCAGGUGGUGCUUUCCCCACACCUGAUGUGAAUUCCUACCCUGGGAUGAGACAGCUGGAGCUGGGAUGGGGGAAGAGGGAGCUGACAGGCUGUGCCGAGCAGAGAUUGUGUCAGCACAGGGAAGGAGAAUGCUCUUUUCUUUUCCUUUAAAUGGCCAUUUCUCUUAACCCUUUGUGCUCUGGCGCCUGUGGGGAUGGUGCCUCUGCUCUUGGGGGUGGGAAGAGGGGGCCUGAGGAAGGUGAACCCCCAAAAUGAAGGGCUGUGGGUGAGGACAGACCAGAGCUGGGGUAAAGACAUGAACAUCUCCCUAAAAAGAAUCACCUGUGCGAGGCUGGUUAUAAAUGGGGGGGGGUUGGAGCAGCUGCCUGCAGUUCUGAGAGGGACAGGCACAGAGACAGAGCUGCUGCAAGUUCCUUGCUGGAGGUUUCUUUUGCAAGCUGUGCAAGGAAAAUAAGCCAAGGAGUCAUGUGGGCUGGCAAAGGCCUGGACACCUCGAUGCCAAGGAGCGCUCAGCAAUCUGGGGGAGAACUGAGGACGAUUUGAGGGACCUGGUCUUCAGGGAGCUCAUCAAAGGAGCAGCAAAGCAGAGUUAUGUCAUGCCCAGACCACCAAAGGGCUCCAUGAGGAUUUAUGGAAGAUGCCCCGUGUCUUGGCGCCUCUGGUGCUCCUUCUGCUGUGGCUGAUGAGGAUCUCUGCCAGCCCCCAUUCCCUGAGGAUUGCUGCCAUCCUGGAUGACCCCAUGGAGUGCAGCAGAGGGGAGAGGCUCUCCAUCACCCUGGCCAAGAACCGCAUCAACCGCGCGCCCGAGCGGGCGGGGAAGGCCAAGGUGGAGGUGGACAUCUUCGAGCUGCUGCGGGACAGCGAGUACGAGACAGCAGAAACCAUGUGCCAGAUUCUCCCCAAGGGAGUGGUUGGAGUCCUAGGACCCUCCUCAAGCCCAGCCUCGAGCUCUAUUAUCAGCAAUAUCUGUGGGGAGAAGGAGGUUCCUCACUUCAAAGUGGCACCGGAGGAGUUCCUGAAGCUGCAGCUCCAGCGCUUCACCACCCUCAACCUCCACCCCAGCAACACCGACAUCAGCGUGGCCGUGGCAGGAAUCCUGAAUUUCUUUAACUGCACCACUGCCUGCCUCAUCUGUGCCAAAGCUGAAUGCCUUUUAAACCUGGAGAAGCUUCUCCGGCAGUUCCUCAUUUCCAAGGACACGCUCUCGGUGCGGAUGCUGGAUGACAGCCGGGAUCCCACCCCUCUCCUGAAGGAGAUCAGGGAUGACAAGACGGCCACAAUCAUUGUCCAUGCCAACGCUUCCAUGUCCCACACCAUCCUGCAGAAGGCAGCUGAGCUGGGGAUGGCGUCUGCCUAUUACACCUAUAUCUUCACUAAUCUGGAGUUUUCCCUCCAGCGCCUGGACAGCCUGUUGGACGACAGAGUCAACAUCCUGGGAUUUUCCAUUUUCAACCAGUCUCAUGCCUUCUUCCAAGAGUUUGUCCAGAGCCUCAACCAGUCCUGGCAGGAGAACUGUGAUCACGCUCCAUUCACUGGGCCAGCACUCUCCUCUGCCCUGCUCUUCGACGCCGUGUACGCCGUGGUGACGGCCGUGCAGGAGCUCAACCGCAGCCAGGAGAUCGGGGUGAAGCCCCUGUCCUGCGGCUCUGCCCAGAUCUGGCAGCACGGCACCAGUCUCAUGAACUACCUGAGAAUGGUAGAAUUGGAAGGUCUCACCGGCCACAUCGAAUUCAACAGCAAAGGCCAACGGUCCAACUACGCCCUGAAAAUCCUGCAGCACACCCGGGCUGGAUUCCGGCAGAUUGGCCACUGGCACGUGUCUGAAGGACUCAGCAUGGACAACAGGAUCUUCUCCUCCAACAUAUCAGACAGUCUGUUCAACACCACGCUCAUUGUCACCACCAUCCUGGAAAACCCUUACUUAAUGCUGAAGUGGAACCACCAGGAGCUGGAAGGCAACGACCGCUACGAGGGCUUCUGCGUGGACAUGCUGAAGGAGCUGGCAGAGAUCCUGCGCUUCAACUACAAGAUCCACCUCGUUGGGGACGGGGUUUAUGGUGUCCCCGAGGCCAAUGGCACGUGGACAGGGAUGGUGGGCGAGCUCAUUGCCCGGAAGGCUGACUUGGCUGUGGCGGGGCUGACGAUCACGGCGGAGCGGGAGAAGGUGAUUGAUUUCUCCAAGCCCUUCAUGACUCUGGGAAUUAGCAUUCUCUACAGAGUUCAUAUGGGCCGCAAACCCGGCUACUUUUCCUUCCUGGACCCCUUUUCUCCCGGAGUCUGGCUCUUCAUGCUGCUCGCCUACCUGGCCGUGAGCUGCGUCCUCUUCCUGGUGGCUCGGUUGACACCAUACGAGUGGUACAGCCCCCACCCCUGCUCCCAAGGCCGCUGCAAUCUCCUGGUGAACCAGUACUCUCUGGGCAACAGCCUGUGGUUCCCAGUGGGGGGGUUCAUGCAGCAGGGCUCCACCAUCGCCCCCCAGGCACUGUCCACGCGCUGCGUCAGUGGAGUCUGGUGGGCAUUCACCUUGAUCAUCAUCUCCUCCUACACGGCCAACCUGGCCGCCUUCCUCACGGUGCAGCGCAUGGACGUGCCCAUCGAGUCCGUGGAUGACCUGGCUGACCAGACCACCAUCGAGUACGGCACCAUCCACGGCGGCUCCAGCAUGACCUUCUUCCAAAACUCCCGCUACCAGACCUACCAGAGGAUGUGGAACUACAUGUACUCCAAGCAGCCCAGCGUCUUCGUGAAGAGCACGGAGGAGGGGAUCGCGCGCGUGCUGAACUCCAACUACGCCUUCCUGCUGGAGUCCACCAUGAACGAGUAUUACCGUCAGCGCAAUUGCAACCUCACGCAGGUCGGGGGCCUUCUGGACACCAAGGGCUACGGGAUUGGCAUGCCCGUCGGCUCCGUGUUCCGAGACGAGUUCGACCUGGCCAUCCUCCAGCUGCAGGAGAACAACCGCCUGGAAAUCCUCAAGCGCAAGUGGUGGGAAGGAGGGAAGUGCCCCAAAGAGGAGGACCACAGAGCCAAAGGCCUGGGGAUGGAGAAUAUUGGUGGAAUCUUCGUGGUGCUCAUCUGUGGCUUGAUCGUAGCAAUUUUUAUGGCAAUGCUGGAAUUUUUGUGGAGCCUUCGACACUCUGAGCAGUCAGAGGUGUCGGUGUGCCAAGAGAUGGUGACGGAGCUGCGCAACAUCAUCCUGUGCAAGGACAGUUUCCAGCCCCGCCGGCGGCGCGGGGGCCCGGUACGGACUCGCCCCGUUAUCCCGGAGGAGCGCCGAGCCCGCAGCACAACCACGCUCAGCAACGGGAAGCUGUGCAGCGGCGGGGAGCCAGACCCCCUGGCACAAAGACUGGCACAAGAAGCCGCCCUGGUCGCCCGGGGGUGCACCCACAUCAGGGUGUGCCCCGAGUGCCGCCGCUUCCAGGGGCUGCGGGCGCGGCCGGCCGCGGGAUCGCCCGCGCGGAGCGAGGAGAGCCUGGAGUGGGACAAGACCACCAACAGCAGCGAGCCUGAGUAACGCCGGGGACCGGGGGGCGCAGGGGAGGGGGCGAGAAGAGGGUCCUGUUCCAUUUUACAGAACACGGACUUGUACAAUGUCAACUCGUUUUUAAACCACUAGCGGUCACCCGGCUUCCCCGGGGCAAGGCGGACCUUUGGGCCAGGCCGGAGGGUUUUCGGUGUCCCGGGGGGCACGGGGCUGGCUGAGGCCUGGUGUGGCAGGAGAGAGGUCCUCAGGCUGGUCUCCGGUGGUUGCCUCCGUGCCACUGAAGGAGGAAGGACGUGUGGUGGUAACUGGUGUAGCAGGUAUUGCCCACCCAGGGUGGAGGCAAGAGCGGUUCUUGGAACUUCUCCACCCCCAGGUCAGGAGAAGGGACACCGGCGCUGUCUCUCCACCAAACAGACUUACCAGGGGGUGUUCUCAAAGGGCGGGGGGAGGGAGUUUUUAUUUGACAUGGGCAAGGGACGGGAAGGGGAGGAGUCAUUGUUUUGUUUUGGUUUAAUUUGGGCACGUCAGGACCUAGUCUCCAAGGCACCAGGUUUCAGGUGCUGAGCUCUUCUUCCUUUUCAGAGUGUUGGCAGGUGGACUGAAGGAGGAAGGGAAGGGUGGGAUGGGAUGGGAUGGGAUGGGACAUGCUCCCCGUGAGAAGCAGCAUUUGCUGAAAGUCCAUCUGAGGAGUUGUUAAAAUUACAUAUAUAUAUAAAUAUAUCUAUACAUAGAUAUAUAUAUAUUAAAAUGCCAAAAAAAAAAAAACCAACCAACAAACACAGUGAACUCAAAGAGGCCUUGAAACGCCUGGAAUUUCAGGGGUUCUGUGUCUUUUGUUUCGUUCUGGGGUUACCUUUUGCUUUUUUUCUUCCUUUCUGUUUUUGGGAUGAGGGUGGGGGAGCCUUUUGAGGAAGGUGAGGUGGGAGCAGGUGAGAUUGGGGAGCGCUGGAGGGGAGGGGGGGCUGCCCUUCCCCACCAGCGGAGGGAGGUGGUGUUGGUACCCCCAAAGUGUCCAGAGCCCGUGCCCUGCACGCUCCUGAGGUGACUCUGAGCUCUGCCCCAGGCUCAGGAGCUCCCCAUGUGACCCACAGAGCACCCUCAGCUUCGAGGGUGACUCACAGCCCUUGUCCAGCAGCCACACAGCAUUUGGGAAAACCAUUAGCCCAGGAUCUCAUGUAAGGAAAAUAUUUACUUCCCUAGAAACAGCAGCAGCAGCUCACCCUCUGCUUGGAACAGACGUGGGGGUUUACACUGACGAAUUUAAUUUUCUGAUUGAAAAACAAAUUCUAUGCAAUUUCUGAUUGUAAAAGGAAAGAGAUGACAAUGGAGAGGGGCAGGGGAGAUAAAGCCUUGAGUGAAGGUACAUCCUGUUCUUGAAUUGUUUUCUUUUCUUUUUGUCUUGAAUGUACUGAAAUAAAAGAUGUCCUUGUAUAAUUA